GUCCGUCGGAUGCAUACCAACGCCGACGUGUCCUCCUUUCUCUCAUCUGUUCAGUGUUCACUCAAAACGAUCUCCUCAGUGUUAAACUGUAACCACCGCCGUCGGCGCUCGACGGAAUCCGGAAAUCCACUCCCGAUCAAUUUCUCCCCCUUUGCAACUGCUGGUCGGUCAACGAGAGUGAUGUUCGUGGCGCUUCUCGAAUUCGACUGAGCGGAAAGGUCCCGAGUCGACUAGGCAAAACAAGAAGAACCCAGAGAUGAGGGCGUUGAGGUAUAAGUUCUGGAGAUCUUGCGAGGACAAGGGAAACGCUGGAGGGGAAUCGGAAGGAACCGGGGGAAAUGAAGGCGAGAGCUCUGAUCAAUUCGAUCAUGAAAUUGUGCAGCUGACGAAGCUUAGGUCAGGGCCGCACGAACGCUUGAGUCGAGAAACCCCGAAGGUGUCCAGAGCGUCAUCCGUCUCCACCUUGAAGAUGUUGGCCGGCCGGGAGGCCAAUUGCUCUGGAAGAGGGAGAUUCUCAACGGCCGAUGGUUGCCAUGUGUUGAGCCGGUAUUUGCCCGUGAAUACUCCUGUGGAGGUUGACAACACGAGGAGCCGGGCUUAUGUGUCUCAGUUCUCGGCGGAUGGAUCGCUUUUCAUCGCAGGGUUUCAGGGGAGUCACAUUAGGAUAUACAACGUGGAGAAGGAUUGGCAAGUUCAUAAGAAUAUUCUGGCCAAGAGCUUGCGGUGGACGAUUACUGAUACUUGUCUUUCCCCUGAUCAGCGGUUUCUUGUGUAUGCAAGUCUGUCUCCUAUUGUACAUAUUGUUGAUGUUGGUUCUUCCACAACCGAGUCGCUUGCAAAUGUAACGGAAAUCCAUGAUGGUUUGGAUUUUUCCAGUUAUGAUAAUGAGGAUGAUGAUGAAUUCGGGAUCUUCUCUAUAAAAUUUUCAACUGAUGGCAGGGAGCUGGUCGCAGCAACUAGUGAUGAUUCAAUAUAUGUUUAUGACCUUCAAGCCAACACUCGAACCCUCCACAUUCCUGCCCACCAGGCUGAUGUAAAUACAGUAUGCUUUGCUGAUGAAACUGGCCAUGUUAUUUACUCUGGAAGUGAUGACCACUUAUGCAAGGUUUGGGACAGACGAUGCUUUAACGACAGAGGGCAGGCAGCAGCAGGAGUAUUGGUGGGGCAUCUGGAAGGUGUCACAUUCAUAGAUAGCCGUGGAGAUGGACGUUAUUUGAUAUCGAAUGGGAAGGAUCAGACCACAAAGCUAUGGGAUAUAAGGAAGAUGACUUCAAAUGCCACAAACUAUCCAAGAAUAAGAGAUCCGGACUGGGAUUACAGAUGGAUGGAAUACCCACCUCAUGCUAAAACGAUGAAGCAUCCUCGUGAUAUGUCCUUGACUACUUACAGUGGUCAUUCGGUCCUUCGCACCCUUAUUCGCUGUUACUUCUCGCCUGAGUACAGCACCGGCAGGAAGUACAUCUUCACAGGGUCGAGUGACUGUUGUGUUUAUAUUUAUGACUUGGUGAGUGGAGCUCAAGUGGGUUGCCUGGAUUAUCAUGAAGGACCUGUGAGGGAUGUUAGCUGGCACCCCGUCUACCCGAUGCUCGUCAGCUCCUCGUGGGAUGGCCGCAUCGCGAAAUGGGAGUUUCCUGGCCCCGAUGAGGAGUUGAAUCCAUCUGCAGUCAUACGGAAGAAGAGAACUAUUCGCCAGCAUUUUCUAUACUGAGUGAGGAGAAGGAAGAGAGCCAUGUUCUUGUGGGGGCACUCAAAUGGCUGAUGUAUUACCUAAAGAAGGAUCUCAUAGUUGUCAUGUGUAUGUAUGUAUACAGAAGAUGAAUAAAAAGGUUCAGUGAAACUGUUGUGAAGUAGCUGCUCUGAAUUCUUUGAAAGUUGUAAGAUAAGUUUCUUUCUUUCUCUAUCAGUAACCUUUUUCCCAAAACUUUUGUUUGGUACUUUUGAGUUUAUUCUCACAAUUCAUAAUGGGAAUAUUAAUGAUGUAUGUAUAUAAUAUAUUGGCUUAGUUUGAAUCCUUGUUUUGCGAUCUUCUGAUUAUGAUUUUCUAUUGUUGUGAUAGAGUGAAUAUCCGAACAUUAUGUGAAUUACAUGUAAUUCAAAAUCAUGAUUUCAAAUACAUGUACAA